GUAACACUGCCGCUACUAAAACGUGCUCUGCCUUCUGACGGGGAGAACUCCUUGGGUGAUGAUGUUCAGAGGGAUUCAAUUAAGAAACGAAAGAAAAGCAGGAAGGACAGAAGCGUUGAUUCAUCAGAACCGUCUGGUAGCGUUGAUGAUAAGCAUGAGAGUAAGGAAAAGGAGAAACGAAUGGUUAAAGUGGAAUUCACAGGAACAGCAAAUUUUAAUGUCUGUGAAGAGAGGGAUUGUAAAGACAAGCCUGGUUUUGAAAGUGAUACCAAAAGGAAAGAGUUAAGAGAUUAUAAUCGUGAACAUUCCGAACGUAAAAAUAACAAAGACACAAAAGAGCCAAAACUCGAGGUUAGCGAGAAAAGAAGGAAAAGGAAGCAAGAUGAAAAGAACUUUUAUGAAGUACAGCAAGAUAUAAGUCAAAUAGGCGACGCACAAAACACUUGUGAUUCAAAGAAUGUUGAUGAUGAGGUUAAAGGUAGGAAGGAAAAGAAAAAGAGGAAAAAAGAAAUCGAAUUAGAGAACACCCUUAACACAAGGAGUGAUAACAAUUCAGGGCUUAGCGAGGAGGUGGACACUGAAAAAACAGACAGUGUCAUGAAAAAGAAGAAAAAGAAAUCAAAACGUCAACCAGGAGAGGCUUCUAAAGCCACCAUUCACCCAGGUGUUGACUAUUUACGUACAUGGCACUUUGAUAGGAGCAACUGGAACUUCAAGAAAGUGCGUCAAGUUUGGCUUCUACAAAAUAUGUUUGAUCAAGAGCAGGUCAGUAGAAUCAUCCAGUGUUUCGUAAAUUUGCAAACAUGUCUCAAAUACAUGAGUCACAUUAAUUUUGUUAUCAAGUACAGUAAUGAUUCCAUUUUGCACCCGGGGUGCUAAUUUACUGGUAGACCUAGGGAGGGGCGGUUAUUGGAGAGGGGGCGCUUAUUUGGGAUGGGGUACCUUCAUUUUGAACAUGACGUCUUAGUUUGGUUCAGUAUGAAAGAAAAUAGCACCCAAGGUGGAGUGCUUAUGAGAAAGGGGGUGCUUAUCGGAAGGAGUGUGCUAAAUCCAAUCAUUACGGCACAUUGCCCUGCAGAUUCUUAUCUCCUAUAAUUUUAUCCAUCUGGUAAUUUCCCAGAAAUCUUGCACACAAUGAAAAUAAUGAGGUUAAUAGUGGUGGUACAUUGAAAACCGUUGCUGGUCAUGAUAGUAUAGACAGUCA